AUGGUAGGGACGCUGUUUGCUGGGUUGUUCGCCUUGGGCUUCUCCGACCUGGCAUACGAGGUAGCCAUGGAUGCAAGGUCGCUGGGCAUGAUCGUCACUCAACGGAACCUGAUAUACUUGGUGAGGUAUCUCACCCAGACCGAUCCCCAAAAGGCUGCCAAUGUCUGGGAGUUGGCUGUAGAUCAGCAGUGUGGAAGAGAGUUGAGCCGCCUGGCUUUCAGUCUUUUCAAGUGCUACAUGGACCAUGGGUUGAUCGACAAAGCAAGGAGCCUGUGUGAAGACAUUAAAUCAAAGAGGGUGCGCACACGAAUGUCUCCCAGGCUUAGAAGGCUCAUCGAAAACACGUUGGAAGGGAAGGAAAGUUGGCGGAAGCAGGCUUCUGGACCGUUGGAUCGAGUUGCUAAAAGAAUGGCAUGGGUUAGUUCAGCUGGUGGAUCGUAG